UUCAUCAAUGAAAUAGUAAAGAGAGGAGGGUACUCUGGAAGACGAGAAAAAGGGGGUGAAAAAAAAGGGAGCAAACAACUUCAAAACUUAGUUCUCUGUUUGUAAAUCCUGAGGUUCAUUUUCCUUCCAUUUUCACUGACCUGUUUAACAAGACCAAGAUCGAGUUAAUCGACAAAAUGAAAUACAUUAUAGGCAUUGGCGGCGUGACCAAUGGUGGGAAAACCACUUUGACGAAUAAGCUUAUCAAAGCACUGCCAAACUGUUGCGUGGUACAUCAAGAUGACUUUUUCAAGCCACAAGAUCAGAUAGAAGUCGGGGAGGACGGCUUUAGACAGUGGGAUGUGAUCACAGCCCUAGACAUGGAGGCCAUGACGAGCACUGUCAAGGCGUGGAGCGAGAACCCGGUGAAGUUCGCCCGCUCUCACGGGGUGAGUGUGACCCCUGUGGCGGAGGAGUCGGAUCCUGACAAGGAGGUCCACAUCCUGAUCGUGGAAGGCUUCCUUCUCUACAACUACAGGCCUUUGCUUGAUGUAUAUGACAAGCGCUACUACAUUGCCAUUCCAUAUGAAGAGUGCAAGAGGAGGAGAAGCACACGGAAAUACACUGUUCCCGACCCCCCUGGUCUGUUUGAUGGCCACGUGUGGCCCAUGUACUUGAAGCACAGGAAAGAAAUGGAGGCUAAAAACGUGGAUGUUGCAUAUCUUGAUGGUUUGAAGUCCAAAGAUGAGAUCUAUAACCAGGUGUAUGAAGACAUCCAGAACACGCUGCUAAAUCGUUUAUAGCGGAGACUGCAGCUCUGAAGACCCAUGUACAGAAUUGUAAAUAGAAUCAUCAUUAGGAUAGUAUUCAGGCUGUUAAUCCUUUUUUUUAAAUUUUUUUUUGGAUUACCUGUGGAAGAUUUUGUAAAUAGGAUGAAGGAACUUUAACUUAUUUUAAGAAGUUGAUGGCAAUUUUAUUUUUGGUAUUUUAUACUGUUCUGUAUAAGGUAGUGAUCGACUCAGUUUUAAAAACCUGUUGCUUACAUUUCUUGCCAUAAGAUGUGUGCCAAGGUAACAUGCAGCUCGGCUGAGGUGCAAAAUGUUUUCUUCAGAACCUUGCUAAUGUAGAUCCUGCGAUGUGAGCCAUUCUCUGUUUAAACAGGUUUGUCACUACAUUUAAAAACUUUCAUAACCAGA